GGUGCGGAAGCGCAGGCGGCCGGGGCUGCGUCCCCGCCGGACCCCGGGGGGCGGAGCGAGAGCCCGGGCACGGCGGCAUCCUCCGGCGCGGCCAUCGCCGGGCUGCUCCAUGGAGAAACGGGGCCCGGUGCUGCACAUCGUGGUGGUGGGCUUCCACCACAAGAAGGGCUGCCAGGUUGAAUUUUCYUAUCCUCCCCUAAAACCUGGAGAAGGACAUGACAGCCACAGUUUGCCAGAGGAAUGGAAGUACUUGCCAUUUCUUGCCUUACCAGAUGGGGCUCACAACUACCAGGAAGAUACUGUGUUUUUCCAUUUGCCACCGAGAUGUGGGGAUCGAACCACAGUGUAUGGUGUCUCUUGCUAUCGGCAGAUUGAAGCAAAGGCAUUAAAAGUACGGCAAGCAGACAUCACCCGAGAAACUGUACAGAAAAGUGUCUGUGUCCUCAGUCAGCUGCCUUUGUAUGGGUUACUUCAGGCAAAGCUGCAACUCAUCACACAUGCAUAUUUUGAAGAAAAAGACUUCUCACAAAUUUCAAUUCUAAAGGAACUUUAUGAUCAUAUGAAUAGUUCCYUGGGCAAUACUUUGUUAGAAGGGUCACAAGUUUAUCUUGGUCUGUCUCCUCGGGAUCUUGUUCUCCAUUUUAGACACAAGGUCUUGAUCCUUUUUAAAUUGAUUCUUCUAGAGAAAAAGGUGCUGUUUUAUAUUUCUCCUGUAAAUAGAUUGGUGGGAGCUCUGAUGACUGUCUUGUCACUCUUUCCUGGUAUGAUUGAACAUGGUCUUAGUGACUGCUCCCAGUACAGACCACGAAAGAGCAUAUCAGAGGAUGCUGGCUUGCAGGAAAAUACCCCACGGUUAGAUGACUAUGUUUCUGUGUCUGCUGCUGACGCUUCAAAUGCAAACUUAGGAAUGGGAAAGGGAGACAGGAAGAUGACAGGAAACAAUUCACUGGAAGUUCAAAAAGCAAACGUGCCUUUCUCCCAGCCUGAGAAGACUUGCAAUGGAGCUCAGUCCUCCAAUGAUACUGUGCAGCGCUUGAAAGUUCCUUCUCGUGCUUCUCCAGCCUCCUCAGAAAGUGACUGGGAGACCCUAGAUCCCAGCAUUUUGGAGGAGUCUAAUUUGAAAGAAGGAGAACGUGAGAAUGCAGYGUCAGAACAGGCAGAAAAUCUUCGGAGCAAAGGAUUGAGCUCCGAAGGCCUUCCCAUCACUGUGCAGCCCCAGGCAAACACAGGGCACACGGUGCUUGUUCAAGGGCUGGUGUCUGGCUUGGAAGAAGACCAGUAUGGGAUGCCACUGGCUAUUUUUACAAAGGGGUACCUUUGUUUGCCCUACAUGGCGCUGCAGCAGCAUCAUCUCCUGUCGGAUGUGACAGUCCGCGGCUUCGUUGCGGGAGCUACCAAUAUCCUGUUCCGUCAGCAGAAACACCUGAGUGAUGCAAUUGUGGAAAUAGAAGAUGCUCAUGUACAAAUCCACGAUCCAGAACUCCGUAAGAUCCUGAACCCAACAACUGCUGACCUAAGAUUUUCAGAUUACUUGGUGAAGCAUGUAACUGAGAACAGAGAUGAUGUGUUCCUUGAUGGCACUGGAUGGGAAGGAGGAGAUGAGUGGAUCAGAGCUCAGUUCAGUGCUUAUCUUCAUGCGCUGCUUGCUGCUGUGCURCAACCAGACAAUGAAAAGAUUUUGUCAGACUUCGGAACAGCAUUUGUAACAGCCUGGAAAAAUACCCACAACUUCAGAGUAUGGAAUAGCAACAAGCAUCCAGCUCUUGCAGAGGUAAAUUCUAGCCAUCCAUUCCAGGGACAGUACUCUGUAUCAGAUGUCAAGUUAAGAUUGUCACACUCAGUGCAAAACAGUGAACGUGGAAAGAAGAUUGGAAAUGUGAUGGUUUCUACCAGCCGGAAUGUUGUACAAACAGGAAAAGCUGUAGGUCAGUCUGUUGGAGGAGCCUUCACAAGUGCAAAAUCAGCUAUGUCUUCAUGGUUUUCCACUUUCACACAGUCAACCCAAAGCCUUGGGGACUAAGUGCUGGUUUGGCAGAAUGCUGCUGACUAUUUCAGGUGCAAUCUUUCUCUGAGCUGUAAAAAGACCACUCCAAAAUGUGGGAGUGGAUAUUAACUACCCAGGACCAAAAUAAGGUAUAUAUUGCUUGCAAGCAGAUGUGGAAUGUUAUUAUUCACUUUCACUAGAAGUAUAGAAGAAUGGUGUCACCAUACAAUGGGAUGGCAUUUGCAGUAUAUUGGUUAUAUUUAAAAUGACUACUUUUCUUUAAAACUGAGCCUUUAUAAAGACAUUAGCAAAUGGGGCUUGUUGCAAGCCAAAUGUGUUUGACUUUAGAUUUGUACAUUUUCUUGGAUGUUGAAGAUAUUUAUGUAAAGUAGUUAUAUUUUUCAAUCCAGAUAGCCAAAUGUUUGUGAAUUCUUGUUAGAAAUAAGCAGAAUAUAAUUAAUAAUUCUUCUUUUAGGUUGGAUUUGAGAGAAACUCUGCAACCCUUAAAGGGUGGAACUUUCUUGCUUUUAUGUGCAAACUGAAAUUAACAAGGUGCAGAGUAAGACUGUGGCUGACAAGGGGUUUUUUUCCUCUAUUCUCUGUAUCCAUUUAGAAUUAUUAGAGUGAAUCUCUCUCUAGCUCUCUUUGUGUCUCCAAAUCUGUGUGAUAGUUGCAAAAUCAGUAGUUUUCUUCAUGUUAUGCAGUAGGCCUUCGUAACUUUGCAUAUGGUUUGGCUGAGUUUUUCCCCUGRGAUGUGAAUGGGAUUCCAGUUGAAGAGAUCUCUUCAGGGAAAGUAUUACGAGACAUUUCUCCCAAAUUGGGAUUGGAUCAUAGACAGUUUUGUGAGGUCCUGCUCUAUUAGGAUAUAAUUACAACAUUAAUGUAGUUGCAUACAUAUGAAUAUGAAUUACUAAACCCACCCAAAACGAGCACAGUAGCAAACUCUGUGUGGUUAUUUUUUUCCCARUGAAGUGUUGAGGACUCUUCCAAAUGAAAAUCAGCUAUGUGGAUUUUCUGUGUCGACUCAGGGAAUGUGCUAUUUGGAUAAUUGCUUUUUUCAUAAGGAAAGUAUCACUAGAAUUGAGAGUAACUAGAACAGCUCAGUUUGUAUCCUUGUGUGAAGAAAUAUAAUAGUUUAUUGGAAAAGAAGUAGCAUAAUGCUGUGUUUCCUAUGUAACAUGCAUGGGGUGUCUUCUGUAUGCAAGCGAAUUGCACUUCCUACAUUUCUUGAUUCCAAGGGAGAUUAUUUCCUGUUUUCUUGCAAUGUGCGUGCCUCUCUAUGCCUUCUUCAUCCCCACAAGUUGCUCUUAACAUUUUCUACAUUACAUUAUCAAGUGUUCCAACUUUUCUCUACCAAAAGGCUCUUAGUUUAUUGCCUCAUCAGUAUCUGUCAGCAUUUUGCCAUGUUCUUUUCUGGGGCCAAGAUUUGUUGUCAUGGUUAUUUCUCCUAUUCUUCAAAUAAAAUACAGCAGCUGUACAAGAGAUAAACAAGAAGGCUUGAAUGUUUUUAAGAAAUUAUGUUUUAAUUUCUCAUGUGCAUUUGUAAAGCUAACAGAAAAGCCACACUUGCAUCAUACUGUCACUGUCCAGCAACUUGGUUUUCAGUUGUUUUGCUUCAGUGAUUUGGAAACAUGGGAUCUGGUUUAAAGAUGCCUUUAAUUUUUUUCCAGGACAGACUAAAUAGAAUGACUGUGGAAAACUUUAAAGUAAAGAGCUAAUUGGAAUAAUUUGAUUUGAGAAGGGCAAAAAAGGCCCCUAAAGCUCUGCUAAUUUAUUGCUUCUGACACAAAAGUAAGAUGUAUCUAUCAAAUUGCAACUCUUGCUCCAGGUCUCUGUGUGUCUGUGUAUAUCCCCUAAAACUUCUGAUGCUCUUUUCUGUCUUAUUCCACAACUCUGUAAUAGACAUUUAUAUAUUUUCAAAGACUAGGUAUUACUUUAGAUGCAGUGAGGUAAGACUAAAGCUGUUUAUUCAUGGUGGGUCUAGAGCUUUCUGGUUCACAUGCAGACAAGAAAAUAGCCCAAAAUAAUCACUUGCUUUUGUGAAAUGACUAACAUAUUAUCGGCUGUUUGGGAUUUAGGUGGUCAGGGUCCAGGUUGUAAUGCAGACUGAAGAGAGGUGCCUAAAGGAUUUCAGAACCUAUAAAAUUAACUUCAGCAACUUAAGGCAUGCCUGGGUAGAUUUGAGUAUAGGAGCUCACAGUGGUGAGUUCUAGAAACUGGGCAAGUGGUUGGUCUCACAUGUACAAGCUGUAGAAGCAGGACYUUCAAGGAUCCCUUCUCAAUAUCCUUAACUUUGUCACCUCCCUUCCUGAGUUUUCUCUGUUGAAUUUUCCUAUGCUCCAAAUUUAUAUGGCAGAUUUACUAGCUCUCUGCAUUCCCCUUAUUCCUGCAGAUUCCCUUGCUGRCCUAGGGGUUUUAGAAAGCAGACCUUCAUUUGUUUGUUUGUUUUCUGGUGCGUUAAUCCCAGGAAAGACAGAACAAGGGGCCCUCAUCAGCUGCUUGUUGCUUUGUACRGUGACUCCGUUGUGAUUCUUCACAAUUUUUCUCUUAUGGACAAGAAGAUCAGACAGAUCUUUCUCUGCAGCAUUUUUUUCUCUGUCGUAGAACCAAACAUACAACCUGUUUAUUUUCCUUUCUUUACAAAUGACAGAAUAAAAAACUUUUAUUUCGUUUCAGUCUUUUUAAGAACUGGCA